UAACCGCAAUCCGUAUCGCUUAUUUACAUGUUUAUGGACAAACAUUUGCAUGUACAGUUAUUUACUAAAUGUUAAUCAAUUAUGGAAACCAUAGUCAAAAUUAUAGUGGUAUCACCAAUAUUUAUUGCGACUUGUUGUUCAUUGUCCAUCGAAACAAACGAAAAUGUGCUGAUCACUCUAUAUACCAAAAAUUCAAAUCCAAAACAAAUGAAUGACAAAAACAUAUACACGGUGGAUACUUCAAAACACACAAUUUUUAUAAUACCAGGAUGGAGGAGUUACACUAACGAAACCUGGCUGAUGAACCUCACCCGAAAUUACUUUGAAAAGGGCGAUUUUAACGUUUUUAUAGUCGAUUGGACCAAUUACAGUUUCAGCUAUAAUUAUCUUAAAUCGUACAACAAGGUGGGAGAUGUAGGUAAAGUGGUUGCAAAUAGUAUACUGAUGAUGACAGGGUCUUCCGAAACGUUUCUUAACAACGUGCAUUUGAUAGGGCACUCGUUAGGGGCUCAUGUGUGCGGUUUUGUGGGGCAAGAGGUAUACAAGGUGGCUUUUUAUAAGCUGGCACGUAUCACUGGCUUGGACCCGGCCAAACCGGGCUAUGAAACCCCAAUGAAAAUUGGAUUUAGAUACAGAUUAACAGAGUAUAGCGCCCAAUUCGUUGAUGUAAUUCACACAAACGGGGGUGUGUUAGGCUUUGCUGGGUCCAUGGGCACUGCUGAUUUUUAUCCUAACGGGGGUGGACCCACACAACCGGGAUGCGCUGUUAUGGACGAAGUAUGCAGUCAUCGGAUGGCCUACUAUUUUUUCAUGGAAUCAAUAUUAUCGAACAAUUUUGUAGCGAAAAAAUGCGCGUCAUGGGAUCUAUUUAGUCAAGGAAAAUGUAACAAAAGUCAGAAGGCUGUAAUGGGUGAAAGUGUGUCUUUAACAACUAGGGGAAAAUUCUUUUUGAAGACCAACCCACAACCACCCUUUGCAAUAAUAAUUUAAUAUCUACAUAUAAUAAAAAGUGUAUAGGGUUGGAUAAAAAUUAAAACUGUUAUCAGUACCACUAAGAGUAAAUAAUAUCGCAACUUAUAGUUUCCAUUUCUUACGCUGAUGUAAAUAAAUCAAUAUAUACGG